CGGUGGAUUUAGUCGAGCCUUGCCUAUCGAAGACGUCGGAGUAGGAAAACCGCGACGCGUCAACAGAGAGAGAAUAUCAUCCCCGGUUAUAGAGGUUACAGCUGGUGUGGUAGUGGCGGUUUAUGCUGGUGUGCGAGCGUAGGAUAGAAAGAAGUUGUUCCAACGGGAGAUCCAGUACGGAACCAAGAAGAAACACGAUCGCGGAGUGAUCCAAAUUCCCCGUUUUGCUAGCAAGUUCUGUUAUUAUCAUCGGGCGAAAUCCGUUCGAUUGGUUCGAAUGAAUUGGAGUUUGACACCUUUGAUCCGGGAGUGUUAAGGGAAUGUUAACAGCUCAAACCAAGUGAAGAUUUUGAAGCACUUGUUGGAAGUGAAGUUUUGCGGUGGUUUGAAGGCAGAAGUGUAGGGCAGUGAGAUCCGUAGAGUUUUGAAUAGCAUAUUUUCUGUGAAAACGUAGCCAAUGAUCGCCAGCGAGUGUGCCCAAAUAACCUGAUUCCGGUGAAGAUCGUAGUGCCUCCUAGAGAACGUCCAGCAGUGUGCGAGGUAUUUCUGGAAGACGAAGGCUCCCAGCAGCGAGAGAUCGUGUCCGUGUGUGGUGGUGUAGUUGUAGAGAAAGUACCCUAGAAAAUCCGAAGACGAAGACAACGACUGCGAAGUAGCCAAGAUGCCCUGCAGUGCAGUAACGCUGUCUCUCGCGACGAUAUCCGCCAUCAUUGCCGUUGCCCUGCUGGCAAUCGCCUUCUCCACAGACAAUUGGCUGAGCUACGAAGUGAAGCGGAAUAACAUACAGACAUUUAUAGCGAAACAUCCGGAUGGAGCGUCACUCACCGAAUCGUUCAACAACAGGCUCGUCUACUACACCCGGACGCGUGGUUUGUUCCGGUACUGCUACCCGAAGGAGAAACCCCCAGCGUCAUCUGUUCAAAUCUAUCUCUCCCCGGUAGAGACCCACUGUUCCAACAUUGACUACUUCCCUCAGACCGAGGAAGACAAGUCGUCGCCAGGCUUCAACGAGGACAUCAUGGCUCGUCUACAUCUGGCCCGUUCCGUCAUUGCCGCCUUCAUUCUCAGCUUCGUUGCCAUCUUCUGUGCCUUCUGGACCGGGCUGUCCGGCUGCUGGAAGCGAUCAGCCGGUGCCAUCACGGCCACAGCGAUUCUGAUGCUGACGGCCUGCUUGCUCGCAGCCGGUGCCAUGGGACUGUGGCAUACGGUGGAGUUCUUCGAGAAGGAAAAGGUCGUCGGCGAUGACUACUACCAGAGCUGGACCACGGUUCUCCGUGACAACACCCGCAUCUCGUACGAUUGGUCCUACAUCGUGGCCUGGGCCGGCGUAGCAUCCAGCUUGCUGGCGUCGAUCUUGCUGUCCGGAGCGGCCGUAUGCCUCCGGGGCGAACGCGAAAAGGAAGAACAACUGAACCUGCAAUACCUGAUGCCAGUGUAUCCUCAAAAGCAGCCCCCCUACCCCUAUGGUGGUUUCCCUCAGCCUCAGCUCUACCCGCAGCCAUACUAUCACGGAUCGCAGUACGGACCGUACAACUACUAAGCGCACAUAUAUAUUUUUUUCGUUAGAGAAAAAAACAAAAAUCACACAAAACAUUACAAAUGCAAUUUUUGGAUAAUAACGUAACCGUCGACUUUUGUCCGUUUUGAUUAGGAGUCUAGAAAUUUCGUUUGAAAUCGUAACCGAACAAAUUAAGAAAUCGGAACAGUCGCUUGCAUACCGCAGCAAUCUAAUCCGAGAAAUAGCGUAAAAUCUCCUCGAAUCGCGCGCCCUCUAUUUUAACAUCAGAUUUAAAAAAUCCAUCCUCUCGCUUCCAGUUUCCGCUUUUGUUCUAUCGCAUCUGUAGAAUAACUCUGAGAGACGUUACUAGCCCCAAUUCCCAUUUAUUUUUGAAGAAGACGAGAGCAAUCGAAUUUUACUCGAAAUGAGCUGCAGCGCGAACUAGGAAAACGUCUACUCCCUCAAUCCAGACUGCUCCUAUGGUCUUCCAUUUUAUUUUAAACUAUAUUCUUUAUGUAAAAUGUGUGUUUGAAUGGCAGAGUUGGUAUCCGUGUCGGAAAAAAAGACGGAGAUUUAAAACCUUCUCAUAAGCCUUUCCCUCCGUUUCCCCACUCGGAUUUCGAAUUUCACUCUCAUUAACACGUUUUUAUCUUUGCAAAUAUUAUACACGUGAAAGCCGGUGUCAUUCUUAUCAUACUCUAUCCUUCUUUCUUCGAGUGUGUGUGAAACCAUUCUACUGUUUCCGGUAUUACUUUUUUGUUUAAUUUUAUGUCAACUAUUUUUAAGCUUAGAAUGACAUUUGCUAUUUUUGUUUUAAGUAAGCAAAAGAAUUCGACGUUAGAAGCAAGACAGAAGUGUAAGCUCUUGGAGAAGAUAUUUUUGUUUUCCGAGAAACAAGCAAAUUCCAACGGCAGGUGAAGUGAACAAUGCGUAAUGCUGUUUUGUAUUAUGUAUAGAAGAAGAUAAUUUAAUACUACGUUGUAAGGAAAAGAAAAAUGAAAAAUAUAUUUUAGUUAUAAAC